CCACCAUUAUCACCCCCUCGCCAUCCCUCAAAUUUUAUUUCCCAAAACACCCCUGCUUCAUAAACACAAACCUAAACUUCAUUGCCCAGAGAACCCCUCUUCCCCUCUUAAACUACAAAUUUACCCCACCCCAACCAAGAUCUUUCUUUUCCCGAAGUACCCUCCAUUCCUUCCCUCUCCCUCCAAUAUUAUAACAAAACCCAGACUGCCAACCCAGAGACACCCAACUGAGGGAAAAGGAGAGAGCUUUUAAUCCCCAUUUCAAUGGCGACAAUGGCCUCUCUUUUCCUCAAAACCCCGACUCCAUCACCAUCUUUGCCGAAAACCCAGAAAACCCUUUUCAUCCCACCCCUCACUUUCACUCUUCCCAGCCGCCCCACCUCCAAAACCCGUUUAAAAGCUCGGGUUUCUUGCGGGUUGAUCGAGCCGGAUGGUGGAAAACUGGUUGAGCUCUUCGUUGAGGAGUCUCAUAAAGACGCCAGAAAAGGGCAAGCUUUGGGUUUGCCGUCGAUUAGGCUCUCGACUAUUGACCUCCAAUGGGUUCAUGUGCUCAGCGAAGGCUGGGCCAGCCCAUUGAAGGGCUUUAUGAGAGAGUCUGAGUUCCUCCAAACUCUUCAUUUUAACUCGCUCCGACUCCGUGACGGCUCAGUCGUUAACAUGUCGGUGCCAAUCGUGCUCGCCAUCGAUGAUUCUCAGAAGCAGAGGAUCGGUCAGGAGAGCUCCGUGGCGCUUUUGGAUGAUCAGAACAAUCCAAUUGCCAUUUUGAAAGACAUUGAGAUUUACAAGCACAAUAAAGAAGAACGUAUAGCAAGAACAUGGGGAACCACUGCCCCUGGCUUACCUUAUGUUGAGGAAACCAUUACCAAUGCUGGAAACUGGCUGAUUGGCGGUGAUUUGGAGGUUAUUGAACCGGUGAAGUAUAAUGAUGGUCUUGACCGGUUCCGCCUCUCUCCAUCAGAACUACGUGAGGAAUUUACAAAGCGCAAUGCUGAUGCCGUGUUUGCUUUUCAACUUAGAAAUCCUGUCCAUAACGGUCACGCUCUAUUAAUGACUGAUACACGCCGCCGGCUUCUGGAGAUGGGAUAUAAGAAUCCUAUACUUCUGCUUCAUCCACUUGGAGGUUACACCAAGGCUGAUGAUGUUCCACUUAGUUGGAGGAUGAAACAACAUGAGAAGGUGCUUGAAGAUGGUGUUCUUGAUCCAGAGACCACUGUGGUAUCUAUAUUUCCAUCACCAAUGCACUAUGCUGGACCAACUGAGGUACAAUGGCAUGCAAAGGCUCGCAUCAAUGCUGGUGCUAACUUUUAUAUUGUGGGUCGAGACCCUGCUGGCAUGGGCCAUCCACUGGAGAAAAGAGAUUUGUAUGAUGCAGAUCAUGGGAAGAAGGUACUGAGCAUGGCUCCUGGACUGGAGCGGCUGAGCAUCCUGCCUUUCCGGGUGGCUGCAUAUGAUAAAACUCAGAGUAAAAUGGCAUUCUUUGAUCCAUCAAGGCCACAAGAUUUUCUUUUUAUAUCCGGGACCAAGAUGCGAACACUUGCAAAGAACAGGGAGAACCCCCCAGAUGGAUUUAUGUGCCCUGGUGGCUGGCAAGUCUUGGUUGAUUAUUACGAGAGUCUAACCCUCUCUGAGAAUGGAAAAGUACCUGUACCUGUCCCAGCUUGAUAAAAUGAGCUGUGUAAAUAUGUACUAUUUGAUGUUUGGGAGAAACCUUGAAUCUCUAAAUCUCCAACGUCUGGGUUUGAGAAUUUAGAAAAGACUCUGCUGGAGCUGGAUUGUGAAUCUUGCUGAGGCAUUGUUAAAUAGAGUGGACACUUCGCCUCAUAUCUUGUAAUGCAACAUGCACAUGCAUCGUGUGCUGUUGUGUAAGUGUGUGCUGUCAAUGAAGAAAUGGAUUGUGAAUUGCUUGUUAAAACAUACAAA